GUUUCAAUUGAACAUUGACCCUGAACUGCACGUGUUAUUUCUGUUUCUAUUACAAACAAACAAAAAAUCAAAAGCAUUAUCCUUAAAAUCAUCUUUCUCCGUCCAUACUUUUCCCCCAGUACCUGCCCUAUAUAAUUAUCAACCCCAUCACAUACAUUCACAUCCAACACCACAAUUUCCACAUCUCAAUGAACAAAGAAAAAGUAAAAUGGAACUGGACAUCAGCAAUAGUGGGAGCAGCCUCAGCAGUAGCAGCAACCUCAAUUCUCUCAGCAAAACCAAAAGACCCAACCUUCCAUCUUAUCUCCAUCAACUUCACUUCCUUCAAACUAAACAUACCUGUCGUAGACGCCGAAGUUCUAUUAACCGUCCACGUCACCAACCCAAACAUAGCACCAAUUAACUAUACUUCAACUACCAUGUCUAUAUUCUACGAAGGCUCGCUACUUGGGUCGGCUCCAGUAGAAGCCGGGUCGCAGCCGGCUAGGUCGUGUCAGCUUUUAAGACUACCAGCUCGGCUAAAGGCAACGAAGCUAGCGAAACACGCAAGUCGAGUGGUAGCUGACGUGGCAAAGCGUGAGAUGAUACUCGAUGCGGCAGUUGAUAUUGCUGGGACAGCUAGAGUAUUGUGGUGGGACCAUAAGUUCAAAGUUCGCGUGAAUAGUCAUGUUACGGUUGAUCCUGUUUUUCUUGAUGUUAUUGAUCAAGAUAGUACUGCUCAACUUCAACUCUUUGCAUCAGGUGUUUGCACAUCGUUUGUGCGAGUAGAUGAUGAGUCGACAGGUGAAGAUGAAAUCGAAGCAGAAGUUGAGGAGUAAUCAACAUGUCGCUUUAGUAUUAAAUAGUUUUCUAUAUUAUUAUGUUUGCAGAUAUGUUUGUCUAGCUUUGGUUAUUUAAUUGGAUGAUUUAAUUUUAGAAUAUAAGAUUAUGUGACAUGAAUGGUUUAAAUUCAAUUUCGUUUGGUUGUUAUGUUUUCCACAAUUGAUUAAGUUAGUCUUUUUUACUUGUUUAA